AUGAGGACGGCGGAGGACUCGAGCGGGACGGUCCUGCACCGCCUGAUCCAGGAGCAGCUGCGCUAUGGGAACCUGACGGAGAACCGCACGCUGCUGGCCAUCCAGCAGCAAGCCCUGCGCGGUGGCAGCGGCGGCAGCCCCCGCUCCUCCCUGGAAAGCCUGACCCAGGAGGAAAGCCAAAUGGUGCAGCAGUCCACCAGGCAGGAGCCCCAGGGCCAGGAGCAUCACGCUGACCACCUCUACUCGGAAAACAGCGGCUACCGCCUCUGCCAGCCCCAGCACAAGGGCGAGGAGCUGCCGAGCUACGAGGAGGCCAAGGCGCACUCCCAGUACUACGCAGUGCAGCGGGGUGGGCAGCAGCCCGGGGGGGCCGAGAGCGGCGCCCGGCGCCCCGACGACUCGCUGAAGGACCUGAAGCACGGCCAUGUGCGGUCGCUGAGUGAGCGUCUGAUGCAGAUGUCGCUGGAGAGGAAUGGGGCCAAAGCGCACAGCCCCAUGAGCUCAUCCCACAGCUACCCCCAGCUCUCCCGGCACUACACCCUGCGAGGGCAGCGCCCCGAGGGGCCGGAGCCGCGGGGCCCCCCCCCAGAGUAUCCCUACAUCAUCCCCAGCCAGGAUGCGGCCGGCGCUUAUCUGCCCCGACCCUGCUCCCGGGACGGUCCCGGCUUCCAGCACCCCGAAGUCAGCAGGCUGAUGCCAUCGCCCAUCCCCGCGGCGUUCCUGCCCGUGCCAAGCGCGCUGGGCUCGCUCGGCCCCGCCGGCGUGGAGGCCCUGAUGAGCGCCCAGGCGGCCUCGGCCGGCAGCCGGCUGGCCCAGGCGGACGCGGUCCUGCGGGAGAACGAGAGGCUGCUGCGGGAGAACGAGAAGCUGCGGCGGGAGCUGGAGAGCUGCGCGGAGAAAGCCAGCCGCAUCCAGAAGCUGGAAACGGAGAUCCAGCGCAUCUCGGAGGAUUACGAAAACCUCAUGAAGGCGUCCUCCAAGCGGGAAGCGCUGGAGAAAGCCAUGAGGACCAAGAGAGACGGGGAGAUGCGGCGGCUCCAGGACUUCAACCGAGACCUGAAAGAACGGUUGGAAUCAGCCAACAAGCAGCUGGCCAGCAAGACCCAGGAGAACCAGGAGAGCAACCAGGGCACCGUGGCAAAGCUUCUGGCACAGAGCUAUGAGCACCAGCAGGAGAAGGAGAAACUGGAGCGGGAAGCCUCCCUGCUGCGCAGUGCCAACGAGGACCAGCGCCGGCGGGCAGAGCUGCUGGAGCAGGCGCUGGGCAGCGCCCAGGCACGGGCAGCCAAGGCGGAGGCCGAGCUGCGGAAGAAGCGGGCGUACGUGGAGAAGGUGGAGCGGCUGCAGGCAGCCCUGGGCCAGCUCCAGGCCGCCUGCGAGAAGCGGGAGCAGCUCGAGCUGCGCCUCCGCACCCGCCUGGAGCAGGAACUGAAGAUGCUGCGAGCUCAGCAGAGGCAAGUGGGCGCCGCAGGCGGGGGGACGCCCGAGCUGAGUGCCCACAGGCUGUCUGAGCAGCUGAGGGAGAAGGAGGAGAAGAUCCUGGCCUUGGAGGCUGACAUGACCAAGUGGGAGCAGAAGUACCUGGAGGAGUGCACCAUGCGGCAGUUCGCCAUGGACGCCGCUGCCACCGCCGCCGCCCAGCGGGACACCACCCUCAUCAGCCACUCGCCACGGCACUCGCCCAACAGCAGCUUCAAUGAGGACCUCCUGCUGGUCAACCACAAGCACCAGGAGAUGGAGAACAGGUUAAAAGCCCUUCAUGCCCAAAUCCUAGAGAAGGACGCUGUCAUCAAAGUCCUGCAGCAGCGCUCGCGGAGGGAUCCUAGCAAAGCCCUCCAGGGCUCCCUGCGACCAGCCAAGUCUGUGCCAUCUGUCUUUGUCGCCUCCGCUGCAGAGGGUACUUCCCGGGGCACUGCAGGCAAAAACACUGCAGAUGAAGUGCCAGCGGUGCCCACUGCUGUCCCCCCACCCUCUCACGCCAAGUGCGGCAGCAAGGAUGGCAGCACGCAGACAGAUGGGGCGGCGCAGAGCUGGGGCGAGGGCACAGAGUGCCCGGCUGGCUUGCAGGAGAGCUCGGCCACCCCCAGAGCCCCAGACCUGUCUGACAUGGUGGAGAUCUUGAUUUAAGGCUCUUCUGGCCUCCCUGCCUCAACUUCCCCAGUGUGGCCGGGGAGAGCUGCCGUCACCGUGGUGGAGCUGUCCAAAGAGGAGAGGCAACAGUGCAGUCCUCCACGUCCAGUCUUGGCCACUGUCCCCACCAUGUGCCCUGUGCGUGUCCCUGGGGACGCUGGAGCACCUGGCCCCGGUGGCAGCUGCCUGACAGCCCAGGAGAUGUGACCCCCUGUAAAUACACCCCUGUUUUGUAGGACGGGAGCAAAUCAUUUCAGCCUCCUUCCCCACUUCCCCUGGGGUUUCUUCCCAUCCCUCCCUUGUUGACUCCUUCCCAUCUCCAUCCCCAUCUCAGGAGCUACUGGGAGAGCCCUGGGCACAUCCCUUUUUUUUUUUUCACGAAGGGAGGGAGUGGAGUGUUGGUUAAGCAAAAAGAAAAAAACAAUAAUAGAGGGAAUGGAAGGUGGAGGAGAAACGUGCUGGAGAUGAAAUGCUCAGAGUGGAGCAAGCGUGCACCAUGUCCAGGUGGGAUGCACCGCCCCGUGGCCCCCUCCUCUACUGGCAGCUGGCUUCUGCCCGUAGCCAAUGUUGACUGCUCGGUCCUCAGAACUCAGACACUUCCCAGCCUUGCCCUUCGUGCAUAUAUAUAUAUUUUUCUUUCUUCUUCAAACAUGUGUGCAUUUGCUGGACAACUGCAUUUUUUAUUUUCUCUCCCAGACACGUAAAAAAUGCGUUUGGUUCUCAUGCAUUGUUUACAAAGUGGAAAACAAAGCAAAAUAUGAAAGAGGAAAAAAAAAACCCACAACUUAAUAUAUUUUAUAUUAAUAUUGGUAUUUCUUUUUAAGUAUUUCGUGCUGUGAACUUUUUUUUCCUGCCAAAGACGACGAGUUCUUGUUUGUGCGUUUUAAGUUAUCUGGAGUAUUUAAACGUAAACCUGGCUGUUUCGUUAUGCCGCCCUAUACCGAGAUUGCUGUAGCAUUCCACUUGGUAUAACAAUAUUUUAAUAAAAAAAUAAAUAAAAACCCACAA